CUCGUUCACAUUAUGAUGCAUGAAGAAUCAUUUAAUGGUAGCACUUCACUUCUUAGUGGAGAACAAAGUGAAGCUGAACUUAUGCGACAAUCAGAACUGCUCCGCCUUAAUGAAGGCGGUUCAGUGUGAACAAGACCGCUCCGUCUCUUUGCUCUUGGAACAUGAGGCUGACCCCAGCCUGGUGGACAUCAGUGGAAACACAGCACUGCACCUGGCCACCCGAAUCCCCUCCCUUUCUGUGGUGCUGCAGCUCCUGGAACACUCCGCCAACAUCAACACACCGAACAAGGAUGGCAACACUCCACUGAUGCUGGCUGUAAUGGAAAACCAUGCAAACAUGACUGAGCUUUUACUGAAAGAGGGAGCGGAUGUUAAUGUCAAGAACCAGGAGCUACGGUCUGCGUUGAUGAUCGCUGCGUGCAAGGGACAGAUCAGUAUGGUGCGUUUGCUUCUGCAGUACGAUGCUGACAUCACAGUGAAAGAUGAUAAGGGAUGGUCUUCUGAUGAUUAUGCGGUCAUGAAUGGACACCAAGCAUGUUCACAUCUGAUCAUCGAGCAUGGGACGAAGAGAAGAUCCCUACAGUCAUCCUCCUAUUUCACUGGCAGCAAAAAGAAACAGACGUCUGUUCUCGGAAGCAGCUUCGCAGGAGCAGGGAAAGACACAGAAGAAAAUACUCACACAGACUCCAUUAGCAGGGCAUCAAAAAGUGGUGACGCUGAUUCCUGGCCUUCAUCAGAUGAUGACUACGAGUUAGAUUUGAGCCAAAAGAAACAGAAGGUAAACUUGAAGAAACUCAUAAGCACCUCAAAAACAGAAAAUGUAGGAGGGACAGGAGAGCUGGAAGGAGGAACUGCCCGUAUGUCUCCUGUAGGAUCGGCCUCUGGCUCUCAGGAAGUGAACGUGAGUCUGGAGUCGCCGGACCCCGUGAGCAGAGCAACUCAGCAGUACCUGGAGGUGCUGAAGAAGAACUACAUGAUCUGACCCACGGUCAGUCCAAACACUGUAAACACAAUCAACUCCAGCACCUCAUCACUGACCCACAGACACACUCAGCCACACAAAAAACCUACAGAUUGAGAAAACUAGAGUGUUUACUAAAGCUAAAGCAGUUAUGGUGCCUUAUUAUGGACACUGAAGAAAUAGUUCACCCAAAAAUAAAAAAAAUUGCUGGCCAACUAAAAAUGAGUUUAUUUCUUCAU